AUGGUGCGCAAGGGGCCGGAAGGGACGGAGGUGCACACGCUGCUGAUGGAGGGAAUCGUGAACGGACCCGUCGAAGCAGCCGUCGCCAUGACUCGCGAUGUCACCUUUUUCAAAGAAUGGUGGCCGCAGCAGAACAUGCCUGUGUACAAGGUGAUUGAGAACCGGUACCUGAAGCGAAUUGGCGACGGCUUCGACCUCACUUACAUGAGGUUCAGGACCCCUUGGCCGUUCCCCGGAAAGGAGUUCGCCUUCAUGCUCUUGAGUGUCUACGACGCCAACACCGGCAUGGUCACGACCGUCCUUCAGACGCCGCCAGAAGACAACACGCUGAUCAACCCAGCCAAGCACGGCUUCCCUCGAGAGGCUGUCCCGCCUGUGCCCUCGGGCGUGGUCCGCAUGGCCAUUAACGGUGGCUUUACCGUGAAGGACUUGGGAGAGAAUCGCUGCCACUAUCGGGGAAUCUUCACCGUCGAUCUCAAGAUGCCGCCCGCACUGGUCAAUUUCGUCACCAAAGGGUUUGGCGGGAUGCUGUUCACGGUGUUUAGCAAAGAGAUCGAAUCUGAUUUGGCGGAUAUCAAGGGCGGCAAGGGGAAGGCGUUCCGGAAGGUUCUGGAGGAGGAGCAGCUGUAUGUGCGGAUCAGAGAGGCCAUGUGCGAGCACCGUGCUCGCAAGGAGAAGCAGCGGGAGAGAGUUGGGGGAGGAAGCGGAGGAGGAGGAGCGGUGGCGGCAGCAGCAGGGAUGGGUGAUGAUGGUGAGGAGGAAGAAAGAUGGGAUGGAGGAGAGUCAGAGGCGUUUUAUUCUCCCGCCUCCUCCUUCUCCUCCUUCCAUGCGCACGCCCUCCCUCACCUCUCCCUCGACCAUGCCGCUGCCUCUGAACCACUCCACCCACACGCCACAGAAGGCACGCAUCUUCGUGAGGCGGCCCAAAUGCUGCCCUCACACGCCUCGGGAAUGCAGCGCCGCACCAGUGGUCCUCCUCGCUUCAGAUCUUCUAUCUCUAGGGGAAGGUCGGACGGCCCAGCAGCAACGAGAGCAGCAGCAGCGGCGGAGGCGGCAGAAGCAGAAGCAGGAGGUUCAGCAGGGUGGGUUGGCAGGGGCCGGUUUGGCUUCCGCAGCAGCAGGCGCAAGGCAGAGGAGAGAGCUCGCAAACUCACAGAAACCACUCCUCCCUUCUUGUCCUCUCUUCCCACGCCCUCUUCACCUGCUGCUUCCCUGGCCUCCUCCCUAUCCCAAGCUCGCCUUGAAGACCUGGGCCUGAUCCCUGUGGACUCUGCUUCUACAUCUUCUCACGAAGCAGCAAGCUACCAGCCCCACCACAGUGACCUGUGUCAGCAGCUGCAGCCUGGUGAUUUUGACAGAAUCGUGGCAGGAGGUGCUUCAGAAAGCAAGGGAGUGUUUGGCAGCAGUGGGAAGGGGAAUGUGGAGUUAGGAAGCAAGACAGGUGGCGGGAUGUUUGCAGCUAUGAUGACAAUGCGUGCGCAGAGGCAGCAUCAGCAGGAACAGCAGCGCCACAGUCACAGCCUCCCCCAAUGUGGUUGGAAUCUCCAGUUCACAUGA